UGAAGUUUUUCUAUUUCGUAUUCUCGAGAAAAGCCCUCCGUCCCCUUCCUCUCUGCGCCUACCUCUCUCCGUCACCGAGGGUCUCCGAUCCACCCUGUCCGAACAUAUCUGACUUCUUCUAUUGACUCUUGUCUUCGGCUCCUCCCGGGAGUGAGAUAACAAUUCUAAAUGCUGGUUAAAGGUAGAAAAGUUGGUGGGAGGGCAGAGGCAAUGGCUGCACACUAUGCUUUUGGCCCGCAUGAAGAUGAUAUAAUUAUAAAACAUAGGCUUCUCACCCGCACAACCACUACAAGGGGUGAACCUCCCUUGAAGAAACUUCAGAAGAAGUUUACUUCCUUUGCUCUCGAGGUUGAGAAGGAUGCAGAUAACUAUAGUGACUGUGAAAGACUUGCCAAAGCUUUCUUGCAGGAGUUUACAACUUUCGAACUCCCACUCCUCAAGAGCAAAGCAGUUAUAGAUGCAAAUCUCAGGGAGAAGGAAAAUUUUGGCGAGUUAAUUGGUGAGAUAAACAGACAGAUUUCGCAGGCGCAGACUGAUAUAGAAGAUCUAAAGAAACAACUUGAAGAGAGCAAGAUUGAAAGGCAGCACAAGGAGGAGUGUGAGGCAAUUGCAAGUUUAAUUGCCACUCAGCCACCGAGAUCAGAGACACAGAAGAUCAUAACAGAGCUAGAAAAAGAGAUUACAAUGUUAGAGGCGGAAAACACUGGUGCUUCGAGGAUGCUGGAGCUUCGCAAAAAGCAGUUUGCUCUUCUGUUGCAUGUGGUGGAUGAAUUACAAAACACCAUAGAGGAGGAGCAGAGAAGCUUGGUUGAGGAGAUGAGAGUAGCAAUGGAUGAGCAUAAGCAUGGGUUGGAGGAUGCUAAUGGGAUUUCAGAAGCCAUGGUUGUUGAUUAGCAACUCUCAGCAUCCUUGUCUCGAACUUGUACGGUUGUGUAUCUUUAGACCAUUUUUAUGUUUCUACAUUUAGCUUUUUUGAUGUUUAGCAAUGGGUGCUGCAGCAUAAUCUCUAAAUACAAUUGCUCUAGUCUGACACUAUUUCAGAUGCAUCAGUGAAAUUUUGGAAUUUUCACAUACUUACAAGGGGAAGGAGGAUAAUUAAAAGAGGGAGGGGGGAUGGUCUAUGCUCCUGGCUAGGACUGAUAACCGAGCUUGAACACAUGGCUUUUCACUAUUUCUUUCCAGAAAAGGUUGCUCAUUCAGCCCAGCGGACCUAUUGUUUAUGCGGCAGUGCAAUGCAGCUGAAAAUGAGCCGAGCUCUGGUUCGAUUAUCGGCCCUACUCCUAGCUAAUGGGUUGAACUUCCUAGUCUGGGCCAUUCGACCUCCCUGCAAUCUCUCCUGCAUUAUUUCUUGACGUUGAUGGUUUGGAUUAGUAUAGAAGUGCAUUUUUGUUGGUAGCAACAAAUGCAUUCCCUUCUUAGACGGACUAAAAUUGUUGGUUUAGUGUUUUCUGGCAAACCAAAACUUCUUACCCUCUUGCAUUCAUGAUAUCUAUAUGUUGGUCAUUGCAACAAA